UUCCUCUCUUUCCUCCUCAGACCUAUACUCAGUAACCACACAGCAAUACUGGUGACUUUGCUGCCACAUGCUGCAAAUGUUGACAUCUCUGGUCGACAUGUUGCCGCGACAUUGAACGUCCCUUUCUCAUGUGAUACAGAUUUGGCCGUCGGGUGUUGUAGUUUUUCACGAGGCUAGCGAACUCCCUGACCUGAACUGCGUCUGUAGUUUAUUUUAAAAGUAGAAGACUGAGUGUAUGACAGAUUUAUUACCAUGACAUUGCUUUUUCUCACAGGGGUGUUUCACUGUAGGCCAGAGACUAAAUGAAUAUCCUUUUUAAAAGGUCACACACACAGCACAGGCUGUAACCAUUUGCUUGGAUGUGUGUGUGCUUUCCUCUUCUCACCUUACUGAUACCUGCUGGACACCAGACAGGGGUGAGCUGAUCUCUCACUACUCGUGACAGAUGGCACGGUGCAGCUGGUAAAAACAAUGGCUUAUAAAACACAGAGUGUCUCACGGCAGACACACACCAGCAUGCAAAGCUAAUGACUUUAGAAGAUACAUUCUAGGUCAGGUUGCAGAAGCUUUGUGUCGACGACGAUGCGUUCACUUACCUGCCGUCUGCACAACCUGCUCCGUGUAUUAUCUGGUGCGACUGAAACUUCUCCCUCUUUUACCCCACGCCAUAUCACGUCACCGAUCUGUGACGCUUUCAAUGACUCAGGGGGGCUCGAGCUAGACAGGGGCCAUGAUGGAGUACAGUUUGAGGCAAGGUGGCGGGUCACAAAACUGUCAACUCAGCCUAAGAAAUGCGCUGGUGUCACUCGUUGUGUAUCCUGGGGCACAGCUGCGAACACAUGGAUAGGAUUGUUGGAAAUGGGAGGAAGUGUGUAUCUCGUCAUGGAGUACUGCAAUGGAGGCGACCUGGCAGAGUACCUUCACUCUAAGGGCACGUUAAGUGAGGACACCAUCCGAGUAUUCCUCCAUCAGAUCGGUCAGGCCAUGAAGGUCCUGCAGAGCAAAGGCAUCCUCCACAGAGACCUCAAACCCCAGAACAUCUUGCUGUGCCACCCAGAGGGGCGCAGGUCCAGUCCCAUCAACACCUGCAUUAAGAUAGCUGACUUUGGGUUUGCACGCCAUCUCCAGACAAACACCAUGGCAGCCACGCUGUGUGGCUCUCCCAUGUACAUGGCUCCUGAGGUCAUCAUGUCCCAGAACUAUGAUGCCAAGGCUGAUCUGUGGAGCAUAGGUACUAUUGUGUACCAGUGUCUGACUGGAAAGGCUCCAUUUCAUGCCAGCACACCGCAGGAGCUCCGUCUGUUCUAUGAAAGCAACAGUACUCUCUUACCCAGCAUCCCAAAGGAGACUUCUCGUCAUUUAAAACACCUUCUGUUGGGGCUUCUGCAGAGAAACCACAAAGAUCGGAUCGACUUUGAUGAGUUUUUCCGCCAUCCUUUCUUGGACACGAGCUCAACCACAAAGAAAUGCUCUCCAGCUGUGCUCUCCUACCCCAGCUCAGCCUCGGUCAGUUCCUCCAGCAGCUCCUCCACGUCCCAUCCGGCCUCCCCUCAACAUUCCAAUGGAAAAAUGCUCCAAAUUCAGCCCAAAGUGCGAUAUUCCCCUCCAAAGGAAACACCCGGCUUCCUGCUGAAAGAAAUAGCCAAUCAAGACAGUAAGAACACCUCGUCUUACACUGAGGACUAUGUCAUGGUGCCUGCACAGUUUCCAAGUGAGUGCACAUGUGAGUUGGAAGUUGGGUCCCCCAUUGAGAGUUGCCUGAUAUACAGCGGGAGUCCACUACUGGCUGAGAGAAAUGCAGGAAAGACACCUCCGCCUUCUCCCCUGCUGCCCUCUCCCUCCAAGCCUGUUGGCAGGCCUGUUGAAAUCGAUGGCCGGAGGUGCAGCCCCUCUGUGCCCAUUCCUGUCCCAACUCAGAUCCUAAACUACCAUCGUAUGGAGCAGAACCUGCAACCUGCUGGCCUGCAUGGCUCCACCAGGGUCACACUCUGCUGUGCUGAUAGCAGCUCCCCACAAUCGGGAGGCUGUAGAGCUCCAAGUCCAAGAUUUGUCUUCAACUCCCCGCGGCUGGCAACCAGAGGAGCCCGACCACAGCAUUCCUCCCCGCUAGCUGGAAUGACCCCAAAGUCCUCAGAGCAGACUCUUCCGCUCAGCACAAAAACGGGAAUGCUCGCUGGCUCUUCUGACAUGCAGGACACCCCCAGUCCUAAGGUUCAAUCAAGAAUGCCAAACCGCAUCAGGACCGUCUUAGACCUGCAGUCCCUCGAUGCAUCUCCUGCUUCCCUGACCAACCUCACCAGGAAGUCUUCCAGUAAAGAAAGCCCUUUUAAAAAGUCAGAGCGAUCCCUGAGCACAGGCAGGCUGUCUGACAUGCUGCUGAAGGCGACCUUUGGGGCUCACCUUUUUGAAGAGGGAAGCGACGAGAGCCUCAACUCUGAGAAAAGCAUGGAUGAAACAGCGCCACCUACUGGUUGUCAAAGAGACUUCCUGUACUCGGACAGCCCACCUCCUGCGGUCUUCAUUAUGGGUUCUCCCUCCAGAGGAGACACUCCUCCUGAUGCCACGGUGUCCAAGAUGUUCUCAGGCUCCCCCAGCUACAUUAACUCAGCAUGGCUACUGAACAGUCGCCUUCUCCAGGGAGGAAGCCGUAGAAACAGUGAGACUGAAGCCAUGGACGCUACUCCACACAGCAGUAUGGUCUUCCACCCUCCAGAGCUCCCGGAAGAUACACUGAUGGAGCCGGCUCAUACAGAUGCUCUGAGUGACCUGCGUUUCACCUUAGCUUUUGUCCUCUGCGUCAUGGAAUUGGCUUCUUCUAACUACUCGGGGCUGGACGCCAACAGCAUCCCUGAUGUUUCCUUCCUAGAGCAGAGCUUGGUGACGGAUCAGAUCAGCCUUCUGAGUAAAGAAUGGAGCUACGCAGAGCAGUUAGUGUUGUACAUGAAGGCUGAGGAGUUUCUGUCAUCGGCACUGCACACGGCUAAAGACAAUAUCAAACAAGGCCAACUCCUUCCCUCUGCUACAGUCAAGCAAGUGAUAAAGAAGCUGAAUGAAUUGUACAAGAGCUGUGUUACGUACUGUCGCACCCUCAACCAACGCCUGCAGACCUUCUUGCUUGACAAACAGAAGCUUAUGGACCGCUUCAAUGGACUGACAGCAGAGAAGCUCAUCUACAGCCACACUGUGCACAUGGUACAGUGUGCUGCUCUAGAUGAGAUGUUCCAGUAUGGCACUGCAUCAAUCCAGCGCUACCACAGAGCCCUUUUGCUGAUGGAGGGUCUGGCUCGAAUCAUCACAGAGCAGAAGGACAUUGACAGCAUAGAUAAAUGUAAGCAGUGUAUUGAGCGGCGCCUUUCUGCUCUGCAGACUUAACAGCAGCCAUGAGCUCUACAACUGCAGCCACAGACACUGCAUUAUCUUGCCUCAUCCAUCUAACCUGUAGAUGGAUCCUCCUAGACUGUCACAAGCACUUUGAUCUGUCUUAAGGGAAAUGACCACUGGAGCAUCUGCUCUUAUCCCACUAGCCAGUCUGUAAUCUUUACAUGAAUGCACAGAAAAGACUGGAAGUCCUGUUUUGGACACAGAUUGUGUCAUGAUUGUUUGAAUACUUCAAUCAGGGAAAAUUGUUCUCAGUGUUGGUUUUGUUUUGUUACAGAAUGUAUAUGUUAGCGUGUUGUUUUGCACAUAGAAUAAUCAGAUUCAAUAAUAACUGAUUUUGAAUGUGUUGCACUUGAAACAAAGAUUACUUAGUUGUGUUCUGUAUUUGAAGCAUUGGUGUUGUUGUGUAUUGUAAGAGUUUGCCGGCCAACAGGUGUCAGAAUAUUUUGGAUGAGAUGACCAAAUGUGUAGCAGUAAUAGUAAAACUGUGCCUGCUUUUUUACAUCUUUCAUCACAGCAGAGUAGUGGAUGAUACAGAAUAAUUGUCAUACAAUCAUAUAGACUUACAGUCUACAGUCAUAAAGACUUACAUCAUAGACUGCAACAAGUAUAUUUAACCCUUUUUGAAUGUUUUGCAACAACUGAUGCCACGCCCUCUGUCAGGUGGUGAUGUACUCAGUCAUGAGUAAGUAGCAUUAACUGCAUGCCACAUUGCUUUUGUUUAUCAGCUGUUUGUGUGUAGCCUAUGUGUGCACAUUAUUCUUUUUUCCCCAGGUGUUUGGAUUAAUGUAAAAAGAUAGAUUUUUGUAUAUGAUUUUGCCUGAUAGUACAUUACAGUUCAUUACAAUAACAUGCUCAAUAUUUUGUGAAAACUCCCUAGAGAGAGUGUUAGAGUUUGUUAGAAUUUAUCAAAUUGCCUUUUCUACUUAUAUUUUAUGACUGCCAUUGAAAUUUGCCAAAAUGAAUUGUUACACACUGUGUGAUGGAAAUAAAUAAUAUUUAUUGUUAAAACUAUGGA